UCGGCGUAACAACUGCCAAGAUUUGGUGGGAUAUGGGUUACCGGACGCUUCAAGAAGUGUUAGACAACGCCAAAUUAACUGCCACGGUCAAACUAGGAAUACAAUUGUUUCCUGAUUUCAACGAACCGUAAGCAUAAAGUUGUCCUCCUUCAAUUGUUACAAAGUUAAAUACCUUUUGCUGCUUUUAUCUUUUAGGAUGUCGAGAGCUGAUGUAGAAGAAAUUAUAGACAUUAUUAAGAAAGAACUACACUAUGUUGAUGAAAAGAGCUACGCAAUACCCGUUGGUGGCUACAGGCGAGGAAAAGAAAAUAAUGGUGAUUUGGAUAUCAUUUUGUCAAGUAGAAGUGGGUCGGUUUCAUGUCUGCUUGAUAGACUCAUUGAUAGUCUCAUGGGAAAAGACUACUUGAAGUACAAGUUAUGGCAUUCAACAGAAGUCAAAGCGUAUAGAAAACCGGCAAUACCUUCAAAGAAACCAGGAGCACACCAAACAUUUGACAGUUUUGAAAAAUGCUUUUGUGCCUUUUUGCAGCCUUCAAAAAAUAAGCUUCGUCAAGUGGACUUAAUUUGUGUUAGGCCACAGCAAGUUGUAACAGCUGUGUUAGGAUGGACAGGAUCACGCCAGUUUGAAAGAUCUUUAAGGGAUUAUGCAAAGAAGGAAAAAAGCAUGAAUGUAAGCAGUGAAUAUAUCCAUUUAGAGGAAAAGGAUGGAAGCAUGAAGAAGAUCUCUGUCAGCUCCGAAGAGGAAGCCUUUAAAGUAAUUGGCAUACCUUAUCUAGAUCCAGAAAUGAGAAACUGUUGAAAAGAUUAUCGAUUCUACUCAACUAACGUUAACAAGACACACUGCUCUCUAUUUCCAAAGAUCAGCAAUUCAAAUCGGCAACCACUUCAUUUGAUAGUGACCAGUUACAGAUUAUUCUUCAUGUUACUAUUUUUUAUUUUUUAUUUUUU